AUGGAUAAGGGCCGCCCCGAGGCCCCCCUGGGGGCCCCCGGGGGGCCCCCCGGGGGCCCCCUAGACUCAUUUGUGGCUCGGGCUAAGGCAGCUAGGGGCCCCCAGCUGCUGCAGGUUCUUCAGGAGGCCCUGCUGCACCCCGACCUCUUUAUUUUCGGGGAGCUGCUGGCCCUAGACAAUGUGCAGCAGCUAGGCGGGCCCCCCGGGGGUGAAGGGGGGCCCGCUUUGGAGGGGCCCCCGGGGGGCCCCCCCACAGAAGGGGGCCCCCUGGAGGGGGGCCCCCGCAUGCUGUUUCUGCUGCGUCUGAUGGCAUCUGGGACAGUCAAAGACCUCGUGGAGAGCCUCGGGGGGCCCCUGGGGGCCCCCGUACCCCCCCAGCUUCUUUACAAGCUGCGGCUGCUAACUAUAGUCUCCUGGGCUUCUGUGUCUUGCUGUAUUUCUUUCAAAGAGCUGCAGGGGGCCCUGGAGGCCCCUGGCUGUUGCAGCGCAGCAGCAGGGCUGCUGCAGCAGGGAGGGCCCUCCGGGGGGCCCUCCGGUGGGACCCCCGGGUGGGCGCAGCCGGAUGAGGGCCCCGCAGGGGCCCCCGACAGCAGCAGCAGCAGCAGCAGCAGCACCGCAGCAGCAGCAGCAGCAGCAAAAGAGUGGCUAACGGAGUCGGAAGUGGAAGAAAUGGCAGUUACUUGUUUGCGUUUGGGUUUGCUGCGGGGGCGUGUGGACGGGGAGCUGGGGUGUAUAGACACCUGGGGGGCCCCCCUCCGAGACCCCACAGAAAAAGAUAUUGACCCAAUGUUAUCAGUUUUAAAAAGUUUCCAACACAAAGUCUCCCACAUUUUGCUGCUGCUCAACACUGCCAAACAAAAUAUGCUGCACAUCAAGCACCCCUAA